AUGAAGUCUAUCGUCUUCUCUACAUUCUUCCUUGCUGGCGCUCUGGCCCAGUACUGCCAUAUCGGCGAGCACUACUGUGGCUAUGUGUUGUUGCGUGAAGGGUUCUCCUUGCCUGAUCUUGAAGAGGCGAUCCAUGAAAGCCCCAGCUGCGCCGGUGCAGAGAGCAACCCCGCAAACGCCCUGUUCUCGUGCGCGCCCGAGGGCCAUGUCUUUUGUAUCGAUAACUGCUGGGGGGCGUGCAGGGAGAUUCCUGGACCAGUCCAAGAUUUCUGCGAGGGUCAUGGUCCUGGUCUUGCAGGCCGUCCUCAGGGACAGGCGAGACGGGAUUUGAAGGAUAUCAAAUCUGCUGCGACCGAGCCUGAAGAUUUGAAGUUUGAUGAUAUUCAUUCUGGCGAUCCCAAUUGGCAGGAUCUUCACGGCCAGGAGAGUCGGGUCAAGAGUGGUUGGGAUUCCCCGCGGUUUGACGAGUCAAACAGGUUUGGUUCGAACCCGCUCAAGGAUAUUCGGUCUGAUACACGAAUCGAUGACUUUGACCAUCAGUCGGAGAAGAUCGACGGUCAGCAAGAAAGAUUUGACCGUCAGCCACAGAGACUCGACAGUCAGCCAGAGCGACUUGAUCGUCAGCCAGAGAGACUCAAUAGUCAGCCACAGAGACUCGGCAGUCAGCCACAGAAACUCGAUUCAGACCAGCAAAAGGAUGCUUCAAACAUUGACAACUCUAAGAGACUCGAUCGUCAGCCGCAGAUACUCAAUUCCAACCAGCAAAGGGAUGCUUCCAUUCCACACAUUGACAACUCUAAGAUAUUCGACCGUCAGCCACAGAGACUCGAUUCAAACCAGCAAAAGGAUGCUUCCAUGCCACACAUCGACAACUCUGAGAGAUUCGGUUCCAACCAGCUCAAAGACAAUGGUCUGAAGUACGACAUCUCGUCGGGGAUGACGGAUCGCAAGGAGACAGAGCCCCGUCAGGAUAAUGGCCAGAAGUUCCCGGACAAGGAGUGGAAGACGUCUCAAUGA